AUGUUCGCGAAUUCCAUACAGCCUAGCACCGUUUCCAUCUUUUCUGCGAGUGGUUCAAACCCGCUGCAGCUCUUCUCCUCGUCGGUUGACCACGAUUUACCCACUGAUUCCUUCGUGCACCUUCUCCACGAUUCAACUUCUUCGCCACUACCUCCCGAACCUUUGAUAAUGAUACGGCCUUUGCGGCUUACCCAGCAAGAAGCUAUGCUUCCUGAAUGCGGGCACGAGCUCCAGCAGACCGUUCUGCACAUCCAAUCGCCCAACAUACCCAAGACUUUCAUUCGCUGUCCACCGGAGACUUCAGCGGCAACAGAACUUGGGUUGAAACAUCCGUGGAUGCACAUUCAAGCCAGAAAUCUUGGUCGUGAAUGGUCUUUUGAAGUCGGAUUGGUUGAUCGUGCUUCAAAGAUGCUCCGAGUGCGGUGCUCGACGUUCCAGAGACAGCCAAAGAUCACACAAACGCAAACGACGCCCUUGCUUCACCUGCCAUUGUCGUUUCCAGCAACCACGGACCACACCCUGACAACAUGGUCAACGAUAUCUCUUCAUCUCGCAUCUUUGCUAUCUAAGGCGACGAUCCUUGCAGCGGCGACAAAUGCCGCUGCAGAUGAUGCUGCAGAGGACGACACUCAUGAACAGCAAGAUCCAGCCUACGAUUUGCCGUCUUCCGCAUACUCCCAUAUCUCGUAUAUCAAGAUAUAUGCGACCUGUCGACUGCGGCGAAUCUGGUUCAGUGAGGCCGCUUUAGGCCAAAGGAUUCCCUGGGAGUUUGAAUUGUAUUCCGCGACAUCCAAUCUAUGA